CCGCCCCAUUCAUGCUAAGUACUGAAAUUGAUGAUGGUGUAGGUUGAAAUGGAGCUUAGUUAGUUUCUUGGAAUAAUGCAAAUGUAACAAGAACACGAUUACUGCAGAACCAGUGAUAAGGAAGAAGAACAAGAUUCAUGAAGGAGAGAGGAGAUACAAUAUUUGAAAAAUACAGACUGGGAACACUUUUCGUGUCAUCUGGAAACAUUACAUCGUGAAUGGCGUUGACAAGGCCCUUUACUGGAUGGGAUAGGACAUUUAACAUUUUUGUCUGGUGGAUUGCCAUUGUACAUGUUGCAAGGCGGACUGUUUGUGGGGGUGGCUAUGACUUUGUUGGGCCCUGCAGUGGAAGAGACUGUUCAGUUUGCCAGUGCUUCCCAGAACAAGGAAUGCGGGGGGAACAAGGUGAGCUUGGCCCUCGGGGUCCCAUUGGGCCCCCAGGAUUCCCAGGCCCUCCAGGCGAGCAGGGGGAGCCAGGACCGAGGGGUCAACCUGGUCCUGCAGGGCAAGCUGGGGAGAAAGGGGAAAAGGCCUUUGCUGGUCCUCCAGGAUUUCCUGGGGCGGAUGGUGUUCCUGGCUUUCCUGGUUCUGUUGGCUCAAGGGGUCUUCCAGGUUUAGAUGGCUGUAACGGAUCAAGGGGUGACCCAGGUUUCCCAGGAAAUUAUGGAUUUCCUGGACCAACUGGCAGAAUGGGUUUUCCAGGCCAAAAGGGCCAAAAGGGAGAUCCUGUCGAACUGUUUCAAGAGGCCCCACCUGGAGAAAGGGGCAUUCCCGGGAAACUUGGAUGUCCUGGAGCAGAAGGUAUUCCUGGUCCUAGUGGACCAGUAGGGCGAAGCGGUCCUGGUGGCACAAAGGGGGCUCCUGGUAGAGCUGGGUUGCGGGGUCCUCCGGGAGUACCAGGGGGACCUCUACCAGGUUUUGAAGGCGACCCAGGAGAGCAAGGCCCACCUGGGCCCCCUGGACCUUUUGAAUUAGUUGAGCCUCCAGAAGAUUUGUAUCAUAAAGGUGAAAAGGGAAAUAGAGGAAGGCCAGGAUAUCCAGGACUUAAUGGGCUACAAGGCUUGCCUGCUUUUGGAGAAAAGGGUGAAAAAGGAAUAGUAGGAUUUCCUGGGAGUCGGGGUGAACCUGGAUUUCCUGGUCGACCUGGUUUUCUUCAAGGAGUCAAGGGAGAAAAAGGAUCUCUCGGCCUUCCUGGGCUGAAUGGAAACCACGGACAAAGGGGGCAGAAAGGUGACCCAGGCCCUAAAGGCCCAGUGACUUACACAGAUCCUCGUAGGCCAGGCAGUAUUGGAGACCCAGGUCCUUAUGGUCCCCCUGGCCCUGAUGGAGACGCUGGCCGACGUGGCCCUGGGGGUUUGCCAGGUCCCCCGGGUAUGACAAGUAUUGCAGAAUGUGACAAAGUCCCAGGUCCCCCUGGACCACCUGGAUUCCCAGGAAUUAAAGGAGAGAAGGGGAAUGCUGGGAGAGAUGGGCAACCAACAUCUCCACAGCCAGGUGCCCCAGGAAAGCCAGGCAGAGCAGGAGAGCCAGGGGAACCUGGUCCACCUGGGCUCCCAGGAUUCUUUUGUACCACGGGCCCCAAAGGAGCUCCAGGACGUAUAGGACAGCUGGGUCAGCCAGGUCCCACAGGACUUAAAGGCUGCAAAGGAGAGUCAGGAUAUUGUGCCUGCGGACCUCCUCAGCCUAUGAUGGGUCCCCCUGGUCCUCCAGGGUCUCCUGGACAGAAAGGACCAUUGGGGCUUCCAGGGAUUGAUGGGAAUAGGGGGGAUUAUGGCUUUCCUGGGGAAAUGGGCCACCAAGGACCAGGCGGAAUGGUUGGGGAUCCCGGGAGAAGAGGCCAUAAGGGGGAAAAAGGAGCGAUGUCCAUAAUGAAUAUUAAAGGUCAUAAAGGACAGCGUGGUAAACCUGGAGUUGAUGGAGCUUAUGGUUUUUCUGGAAGACCUGGCCUGGAUGGUAACCCUGGUAACCCUGGUGAGCCUGGACCAAUUGGUGACAGUUCCUCUGGUUUCCCAGGACACAAGGGGAAUCCUGGCUUAUUUGGCUCUAAAGGACUCCGAGGGCAAAUGGGCCCACCCGGUCCCGGGAUUGAAGGCCCUACCGGAAUGCGAGGGCCCCCUGGAGAUCCAGGGUCUCCAGGAAGACGUGGUCUGGAUGGUAACAAGGGGCAACCGGGUGACACCUUGCCCUCAGCCUGUCCACCUAGCAGUGUGGGCCCACCUGGCCUGAAAGGGUUGCCUGGUUUCCCAGGAGACCCGGGAGAUCCCGGAAUGCCUGGCUUUCGUGGUUUAACCGGCGUUGAUGGGCGUAAAGGACAAAAAGGAGAACCUGGGUUAUCAGGGCUCACCGGAUCUCAGGGUGCUCCAGGGCCACUAGGAGAUCCUGGGGACCCAGGUAUUAGUGGACUUAGUAUAAAAGGCGUAGAUGGUUCACCAGGCCUUCCGGGUAGACCCGGCCUGAAAGGUCCUGCAGGAGAGCCCAGUACUGGCAGUCCAGGACCCCCAGGGGAGAGAGGUUUCACAGGACUCCCAGGAUUCAAAGGAAGGCCUGGAACCUCUGGCACCACAGGGAAACAAGGAGGUUUUGGGACCCCUGGAUUCCCUGGUUUAAAGGGAUUCCCGGGAGAUCAUGGUUUUCCUGGCCAGCCAGGAUAUCCAGGCCAACCACCCUAUGAGUGUGAGGCAGGGUCAUCUGGGCCACCUGGCUCAGGAGGUACCGAAGGCUGUACAGGACCACCAGGUACUGAAGGCCCUAAGGGAGAGAAAGGAGAUCCAGGGCCACCAGGUAGCAGUGCAAUGAAAGGAUUUCCAGGGAAUCCCGGUAUUCCUGGGCUCCUAGGUAUCCCUGGCAGACCAGGCUCCCCAGGACAAACAGGAGACCCAGGACAAGAUGCAUUACAAGGACAAACGGGUGCUCCGGGGCCCCGUGGAAUUGAAGGCUUCCCAGGACUUCGUGGACAACCCGGGCUCACAGGUUUAAAUGGGGGGAAAGGGGAGAAAGGUUUUGAUGGCAGACCGGGACCCAAUGGACAAAAUGGCGAAAAAGGACAAAGGGGUGACCGUGGUUUACAAGGACCAAUGGGUAGAAUGAUAAUUGUAGAGAUGAAAGGGCUCCAAGGUUAUCCAGGAUCUCCAGGUGUUAAUGGAUUCAAAGGGCAAAGAGGGGCCAAGGGUCAGUCUGGAUCUGCGGGACAGCGGGGCUCUUAUGGCAAACCUGGCCCGCCUGGCUAUCACAGGGGCCCCCCGGGGCCCCCGGGAGGACGGGGCCAGCCAGGGCUAGUGGGCAUCCCUGGAACCGCUGGAUUGGUAGGGAUCCAUGGAUUUCCAGGGCUGUUUGGUGACAGAGGGGAUCCAGGCUACGCAGGGCCUGUGGGUAAACCUGGGAUCCCUGGUGCUGGAGGGAUUAAAGGUGAGACAGGAGAAACAGUCACUUCACCAGGCUUACCUGGACUGAAGGGCCCCCCAGGCGACAGAGGGUUUUCAGGAAACCCAGGACCAUCAGGUGAUCCAGGACCUCUGGGUGCUUGUGGAAUUAAUGGGAAACCAGGUCCCCCUGGCUCCCCUGGUGACUCAGGGGCACCAGGGCCCCCAGGGCCAAUGGGUUUUCAGGGUCCACUGGGAAAACAAGGGUGUGAGGGCAGCCGUGGACCUCCCGGUGCCCCUGGACAUCCAGGAGAUCCUGGUGUCCAAGGACUUAAAGGACCACCUGGGCUCCUUGGCCUGCAUGGCCUUGAUGGACUGGUGGGUCAAAAAGGAAAGGAAGGUGCUCCAGGAAGAAAUGAUCCAGGCCCACCUGGAGAGACAGGGGUGCCUGGUUGUAGGGGGGAUCCUGGUGACCAUGGACCCCCGGGAACCUCUCUGCCAGGUCCCAAAGGGUCAAAGGGACCAAUUGGAUAUCCAGUUAAAUGUAAAAAAAAAAUGCUUUGUAUUAAUGUGUCAUUGCUUUUUGUUCCCUUUUGGUUUGCUUGCCUGUAUUUGUCAUUUCAAAUGAAAUCAUUCUGCCUCAUCAUUUUUGACAUCUUCUUGCACUUUAUGACAUCACCAGGCUGCACAGGUGCUCCAGGGCCACCUGGUCCUCCCGGUCCAGAAGUGGUGCCGUAUGCUGGACCACCUGGUGACAUGGGCUCCCCAGGGUUUGAUGGACUGCCAGGUGCAAAGGGAGAGCCAGGUUCUCCUGGUUCAAUAAUGAUGUUCAAAGGGGACCCAGGGGAUGAUGGUAGUCCAGGUCAACAAGGUGACCCUGGCGAUUCAGGAUUGCCAGGUCUUGUAGGAUUUCCAGGGAGAAAUGGAUUGCCGGGGUACAAAGGUGAACAAGGAGACUAUGGCCCAAUAGGACCCCCUGGAUCUCCUGGACCUCUUGGGGUCUGUGGGGACCCUGGUUCACAAGGAGACCCUGGAGAAUGUGGGGAUCAAGGCCCUCCAGGUCCCCCUGGUGACGUGCUUCCUCCACCAGAUGUCCCGUCAAUACCAGGACCUUCAGGACCCCCCGGACCACCUGGACCUUUUGGUCCACCUGGCCGCCCGGGUAUCAGAGGCAGGCCCGGACCCAAAGGAAGUAGGGGUGAGUGUGGCAUGCCUGGUGAACAAGGACAAAACAGCCCCCCUGGGCCACCGGGGCCACCAGGAGACCCAGGGCUCCAGGGAGAGGAAGGUUUGAGUGGUCCUCAAGGUCCUCCUGGUCCACUUGGGAAUCCAGGACCACCAGGCACAUGUGGGAAAUAUAGCCCUGGGCUCCUGCUGGUUAUGCACAGCCAGUCAACAGCUGUCCCUGUCUGUCCACAGGACAUGACACAACUCUGGUCUGGGUACAGUUUAUUGUAUUUUGAAGGGCAGGAAAAAGCCCAUAACCAAGAUCUUGGUUUGGCUGGCUCUUGCCUACCCAUGUUUAGCACAAUGCCGUUUACUUAUUGCAAUUUGGAUGGAGUCUGUCACUAUGCCAGUCGAAAUGAUAAAUCCUAUUGGCUGUCAACCACUGCCGCCAUUCCCAUGAUGCCAGUGUCUGAAGAGCAGAUCCGUCCCUAUAUAAGCAGAUGUGCUGUGUGCGAGGCCCCCUCUCUAGCUGUAGCAGUUCACAGCCAGGACCAGUCCAUUCCUCAGUGUCCACAAGGGUGGAGAAGUCUUUGGAUUGGCUACUCCUUUUUAAUGCACACUGCUUCGGGAGAUGAGGGAGGAGGGCAGUCCCUGGUGUCACCGGGAAGCUGCCUCGAGGACUUCAGGUCCGCUCCGUUCAUCGAGUGCCACGGAGCACGAGGCACCUGCCAUUACCAUUCUAACAAGUACAGCUUCUGGCUCACAGUAAUCAAACUAGAGGGGCAGUUUCAAAACCCUCAGUCAGAAACGCUCAAGGAAGAACAUCAGAAAAGAUGGCGAGUCAGCAGAUGUCAAGUGUGUAUGAAGGUCUGAAAGCCAAAGUGGUCAUUUCUAAGCAAGAUUUCAAAUGGUGCCUCAUUAUGAAGAGUAACUCUGAGCACAGAACAAGAUUUAGGUGUUACUUGGAUAACAUUCCUGUGAUUGAAAUAUAAUGAAGAAAUAUGGAGAAAUUGGCUUUGUGCUGUUAUUUAUCUUUCCACAGGAGUUUAAUCAAAUUGGUAAGUGCGGUGUUCCUCUGAUGUUAGAGGAUUCUAUUAAAGUUUUCAAACGACCAUCAGAAUUAAAGUAGCUAUAUUGUUUUUAGUUUUUUAAAAUACAUUUAAAAUCAUACAAUGCUCCCCCUUUAUAAAGCUAUAGUUGGGAGCCGUAGUUACAAUGCUGUGCUGUUUAUCUUCCACCUUAUAAUAAGGAAAGUACCUUGUAACUGGUCUGCGGUGUAAUAGGUAGUCUUAUAAAGGGGAUGCACUAUAAAUGUUAAUGGUAAAAGAUACUGCAUAGCUUCAGACUCCGCAAAGUCAUUUUGUUGGUUUAUUUUUUUAAUUAAGAAAAGAAAUAACAACUUUUGGUCCUUUGGAAUCGGGCUGGGUUGGCAGCACUGGAAGCUGUUUAUCCAUUGAGUAGUGAUAGUUCAUGCAGUGCCAAUGUGAGCUUCACCACAUUGGGCCUUAAGCAUGACUCAAGCAGUUCAGUAUCUGUGCCUGUUCAAUCAUUGGCAGUUUUUUUUUUUUUUUUUUUAACAAACUGUAAAGGUAUCUUGUGCCAUGAUUUUAAGAUUGAUUGAGGGCAACAAACGAACUGUAUUUCAGUAGAUUCAAAACCAGACCUCCAGAAAUCAGUUUUCUUACUUCUCUUCAGCACUAGCAAUGUUAUCACUGCCCCUCUUCUGCUGAAGAUCUUUUGAUUUGUAUUUUAUAAUGCAGUUUAGGAUAUGCAGAGAUUUCAAAGACAACGCUACUGCUUCCAGGUACUUAAUCAAGUUCUGUUGUUGAAACUCACCUUAGUGGUCGAGCUGCACUCAGUCCAUGUGACCUACAGAAUAGGAUGCAGUAGUUUUUAAUAUUUAAAUAUUUGCAUAUCCUGAACUGAUUUUUUUUUUAAAAAAGCAAAGAAUCAAAGGUGAUCAGAAAAAGAAAAUGGAUUUCAAUGUGUUUGUACCCCUUUACACAGCUGUGUUACAUAGCCCAAAAUUGUCUUUUGAUGUACUACAGUUCUCUGGGAUUCUGUUUAAACUGUUUUGGAACAAACUGUAACCGAGCACUCACACAACAGCUCCAGACAGCAAAGGCUAGUGCAUUGCAGUCCCAUGGUUGAAAUUGAUUUACCUCAUAGAUUCAUAAAAGUACCAACAGCAUAUAAUACAAAGGAAUUUAACUUUUCUGUAGUUAAUCACUGUUACAUUUUAAAAUUAAUACACUUCUGUAGUGUAACUUUUUAAAAACAAUUUAACACUUUUAACAACACUGUAAACUAUGUACUAAGCCAUACCCUCAUUGCAUCUACUGUAUUAUCUGAUUUUUGUAACAUUAAUAUAUAUUUUAUAAUAAAAAGUUAUAUUUACAUGUA